AUGGAGAUGAGGCCCGGUGUGGACCUCACGGUUCUGCUGAACAACAUGCAAGCUGAGUACGAAGCCCUGGCCAAGCAGAACCGAAGGGACGCCGAGGCCUGGUUCAACGAAAAGAGUGCUCCGCUGCAACAGCAGAUCUCUGAGGAUGUGGGAGCCACCACCUCAGCCCAAACACUGGAAAUUGAACUUCAGUCUCUCCUAGCCAUGAAACACUCCCUGGAGUGCUCCUUGACAGAGACCCAGGGCAACUACUGUGUGCAGCUGGCCCAGAUCCAGGCUCAGAUCGGGGCCCUGGAGGAACAGCUGCACCAGGUCAGGACGGAGACCGAGGGCCAGAAACUGGAGUACGAGCAGCUCCUGGACAUCAAAGUCCACCUGGAAAAAGAAAUCGAGACCUACUGUCUCCUCAUCGGUGGAGAUGAUGGGGCUUGUGAGCCCAAAGGUUACAAGUCUAAAGAUUAUGUAUCUGGAAAUGUGGGAAACCAAAUCAAAGAUCCGGCCAAACCCACAGUGGUUAAGAAAGUCCUUGAGGAGGUAGACCAAAGCAGCAAAAUACUUAUCACCAGGCUCCACUCCCUGGAGGAGAAAUCUCAAAGCAAUUAA